UGCGCAAACCGUGUCGUAGCUCCUUUAAGUGUAGUAUUUCGAGAGGCACCUGUUAUCACGUAUUAGCCCUCGAAUGGACAAACAACAAACAGGGUUGUAAAUGUUGAGCUACCGAAGUGAAAAUAUCGAUCGCUUAUGCACCAGGUAGGGCUAGCGAUCGAUGACGUGAAAAUAUUUUUUGUCGAGGUUAUGAGACAUAAAACAGAUACAAUCCUGCUACUUUGAUCACGCAGUUCAAGUGAUUGUUCUCUCAGAGAUCAUAUCAGUCGAUUGGCAUUUCAGUACAGAAUGAAUCCAUAUAAGCUCUUUCAAUAGGCAUUUUAUCGUAUACAUUAUCAAUAUAUAUCCGGCUUCUUCUUACUUGCCGAGAAUUCAGACCAGAAAAAAUUGAAAAUUCUAUGAAAAAAGCCUGCAUCGCUAUUUAAAUUCAGUGAAGGCCACUCAAUUCUAUAGAACUGUGGGUAUCAUAUGCCAGCUUUAAAAUUUAACAGCCGUGAUAUAAGCUAAUGCGUUAUUUCUUGCAACUAUUUUAAAUUGCAGGUGUAAUUUGCCCCCAAAAAAGUUUUGUGGAUGAAAUGGGUCCUCCACAUUGGGUUUAUUGUGAGAAUGUUUUGAAAAAUUUAAGGGUAUAUGUACACAUCGCUUAAAUUUCAGGUUUGCACAAAACUGAAAUAAAAUAAUAUUAUUAUUUCUGGGUGCUUGCCGGCUGCUCGGUCUUUGAGAGAUUGAUGCGUGCCAUUUUCCAUUUCUUCCCCCAUAUCUCACGUUCUAAGUGUUUUUCUGUCGUUUAAUAAUUCUGACUUCUUAUCUCGAUAAAUGUAUCACUAACUAUAGGUCAAAACGUGCAUGGGAUAUUUUACCGCUUAAUGGAUAGCGUUAUAAUAUAUUAUAAUAGCUUUUUUACUCAUGAAGAGCCCUAUCUGUAAUACAUGAUAAGCAACACAAGAAAAACAGACACUGUUUUGUCCGCGUCACGUUCUGGUUAUUUUCAGUUCUGUUUGAUUUUAUUUCUAAUCGCUAUAUUUUCACGCCAGAUAAAUUGGUGCGUGUCUCAAUCUAUUAAAACAAAAAACAACUUUUCAACUUGUAAAUGGUACAUUUGGUGGUGCCAUUGAAAUAAUUGAUUCCCUUCGUACUUCAAUCCGUCAGAGAAAGACCGUGCUCUUAGUAAGACGAAAUGCCUGUCUGUUCGAUUCUUCAUUGUACCAAGUGCAUUAAUUAUCCAUAAAUUAUGCACAGUCAGUUCUCAUUUAAGUCAACUUUACUUUUUUGGUGUGAUUCAAAGAAACCAGCAGGUGAUAUUUGCUUUCUUUUGUAAGACCCGACUUCGCCCAAGUAUUGACGCUUUGAAUCGAAUUUUGUGAUCAAGGUUGGUGUUUAAAUGGGAAUACUUGUCACAUUUUCAAAAGCGCUUUAUAUUUUUAUCUUCGAAGACAGUUAUAUGUAAAUUGAGGUUCAAUUCCUCUCUCUUUUUUUUUUCGGUCUCGUCAUAUUUGUUAACUCUAUUUAUUGUUUGUUUUAGACUUUGCAGACGGAUCUUCAGAGUUGACAACAAUGGCUAAAAACUCUUCGUUACGAAACAGCUCUUUUUUGGACAACAAUUCAACUGGAUUUCCAUCUCCAAACGACACAGGAGAAGAUGACGGAUUUAACGGUGAAAUGCACCAGUAUUUUGACCCUGCAGCAGAUAUUCCUGCAAUUGUCCUGGCUGUUUUAAUUUUGACUGUCAAUGGUUUGGUUUUACUUUUGAUGGCAAAGAAAAAAUAUCUGCGUUCGAUCACCAAUUUGCUGCUGUGUAGCCUGGCUACGUCCGACCUACUCACAGGCCUGGUUGCCGUGCCGAUGUUUAUCACGUGUAAUAUUAUCCGGCAGUCAGCGGUUUGUCUCGCGGAAGAAGAGAUGUCACGCUUCAUCUCCGUAUCGAUCGUGUGCCAUCUGAUGGCCGUUACUACCGAUAGAUACCUAGCCAUCAUUCAUCCUCUCCACUAUUCAUCACUUGUGACAAAACCCAGGUGCAUUCUGGUCAUUGUGCUUAUUUGGUUACUGUCAGCGGUUGCAUCAUUGGUGCAGUUGACCUGGCUCGCCCCAGUCACCCAAGACCCACACGAUCCUAACUUCUCAGCCGACUUCAUGAAGAAAGAGUUUAUUUACGAUAUCAUCUUUCUGACCUUGUUUUUCUUCCUCCCUGUUGCAUUCAUGUUUUACACCUACGUGAGGAUCACCUUUGCAAUCGCUCGACAGAGUCGCAAUAUUCGACUGCAGAACAUCUCUGUGCCACAUUCGGGAAGAAUCAGAGGCCGGCAUGAAUGGAAAGCUGUAGGCAUCUUUGCCGCCAUGAUGCUGGUGUACAUCAUUUGCUGGCUGCCAUAUGCUGGACUUCGGAGGUUCGAUCUUAAUAAGCUACCGAUAACUUUAAUUUAUGUCAUCUUUUAUUUGAGGUAUCUUGCAUCAUUACUGAACCCGUGCAUGUACAUCUUUGGCAAACAAGACUUCCGCAAAGCCAUCUUCGAAAACAUACCUGUACGUCCACUAGCACUGGAACUUAGUUUUACGUCGACUUCAAAGUCCGCCAUUUUGAAGGCAACUUUAGCAACACCUGGUGGGAAAGUCCGCAUGAAGUCCUUUGCCAGAGUUGGCAGCAGGAAAAUAAGAAACAAUUGUAGGACAGUAGCUUGAGUUGGUAAAUAUCUUGUGAGCCGAUAGCCUAGCAGUCGUUAAUAAGCGUUUUUAUAAAUAAAAUAACUGAGAUACUACGCGCCCUCUCAUUGGUCGAUAGGUGUGU